GUUAGAGGCGGCAGUUGUGCUUAAAAAGGCAAGAGAUGAACUGAAGAUUAAACAUGUAUGGGAAUUAUCCUCACUUCAUUAAGUUUCCUGCGGGCUUUGGCAAUUCCCCUGUUCACGCCAGCUCCACAUCUGUGAGCCCAUCGUCAAGCCUUUCCACGGGAAAUUCAGUGGACGGGCACCACAACUACCUCGAGGCCCCUGCGAACGCCUCCCGGGCACUGCCGUCCCCCAUGAACAUGAUUGGAUCUCCGGUGAAUGCACUGGGCUCUCCAUACAGGGUCAUCGCGUCCUCCAUCGGCUCACACCCUGUCACUUUGUCCUCAGCCCCAGGCAUGAAUUUUGUGACACAUGCCAGUCCACAGCUCAAUGUCCUGAACAAUGUCAGCAGCUCGGAGGAUGUCAAGCCCUUGCCAGGUCUCCCAGGGAUUGGGAACAUGAAUUAUCCAUCUACAAGCCCAGGAUCCUUAGCCAAACACAUCUGUGCCAUCUGUGGGGACAGGUCCUCAGGGAAGCACUAUGGGGUGUACAGCUGUGAGGGCUGCAAGGGCUUCUUUAAGAGGACGAUUCGGAAGGAUCUGAUCUAUACCUGCCGUGACAACAAGGACUGCCUCAUAGACAAGCGUCAACGCAACCGCUGCCAGUAUUGCCGCUAUCAAAAGUGCCUCGCAAUGGGGAUGAAAAGGGAAGCUGUGCAGGAGGAGAGGCAGAGGAGCAGGGAGCGGAGUGAGAAUGAAGCUGAGUCCACAAGCAGUGGCAGCGAGGACAUGCCUGUGGAGAGGAUCCUGGAAGCUGAGCUGGCAGUCGAACCCAAGACAGAGGCAUACAGUGACCUGAACACAGAGAGCUCAACAAAUGACCCUGUCACCAACAUAUGCCAUGCAGCUGACAAGCAGCUCUUCACACUUGUCGAGUGGGCCAAGCGAAUCCCCCACUUCUCUGACCUGACGCUGGAGGACCAAGUCAUUCUCCUCCGGGCAG